CCAGAACAUUGAUAACAGCUAAGUCAGAUAAAGUCCUAAACAGCCAUGGAUUACCUUUAUUUUAUUUUGGUGGUUCUGGUGUUCCUGAAAGUGUUGUUCUGGAUAUUUUACUUUUAUGCACGCUCUCAGCGCCUUAGAGCAAGGAGGACUACCCAGCAUAACUUUUUUGUUGUUGAAAGAACAAGACACAUUGCAACUGGUGUCACUCAUGACCAAGCAGGGAUAAUACAGAAUGAACACCCUCAGGCCUACACAAACCCACCUGGACCCCAAAACUUUCCCCAGCCACCGUCCUACAAUGAAUGUGUGAGCCAGCCACAGACAGAAUCCAAACCACCGUCAUAUGAGCAAGUGAUUCAAGGUCAAGGUUCAACAAACCUUACAACUCCAUAUGCAGCUCCACCCACUGUCAUUACAUCCGGUCAGAAUGAAGUACCCUCACCGAAUCCUAUGUAUGGCUACAACCAGUAACAGCGAAUGCUUCAUUAUACUUUGUCCCUGUCUUCUGUUCUUGCUUCUCAAACACGAUGAUAAGAUGUGUAUGUAUUCAUGGACUUUCACUCAAUAGGGUAUAUGAUAAAAUAAUGCUAGCUUCACUAAUGGCUGUAAAACAGCGCUGUAGAUAUACAAGUCAUAACAGUGCUUUGUCUUAGCUGAGAAAAGAUGUACAAGGUAAUAGCUUGACUAGACGGUGUUAUCUGGACCAGAUAUAGAUAUAUGUAGAGGAUUCUAGUUCACAGGGACCUCACCAUUAACACUAUUCUAUAACACUGAACUAUCUUAGAUCUCUUUACUCAGAUUAUCUCAUCUUAUUGUUUCAUAUUUACUUAUUUUUGAAACCAUUAAUUAAAGUUUAUUCACAAAGUGUUAUAUAAAAAUGUGGGAUAUCAGAUAUCUGUGUCAGUUAUCGGCCUAUGAUUGUCAGGUGUAUUCUAAAUCUGUGAUAUUGUGUUUGGCUGUAUCUGACGUAUUCAUAUACAUUGUAUAUCACAUUGAAACUAUAGGAGUCAUUGUCAAAGAAUGUUUGCAAAUAAGGUAUUCAUUCAAGAAAUAUUGAAACCUAUUUGUUUUGAUGUGAGUCAUGUAUCACUCAAUUUGCAAUUCUUGAUGUCAUUUUGAAUUUGAAAUUUGAAUAGGGCAUAUAUUUCAACAAAAACAUUUAAGGUACAUAGGAUGCAUUUCUUUUAUCACUGGUCAGUAGACUGAAAUAUAAUAGUUAAAAACAUUGUUCAUAUCAUGUAAAUAGUGAAAUUGUAUACAAAGAAAUUGAAAGAUGACAAAACUUGUAUGGCAUGAAACAGAAAAACUUUAAAUAUCAUGUAUUUUUAGGAUCUAUAUAUUUUAAUAACAGAUGAUACAAUUCUAUUUGAAUGAUAGUGGGCAAGGCACAAAUCAUGAAAGGAAGAUGCUAAUAAUAGGCUAUAGGUAAUUUAAUCAUGGAUUAGAAUCUCAAAUACAUCACUUGUUAAUGCGGAGUACUAAGGAGUUGUAAGGAAGGUGUACACUGGUGCUUUGGAUAAUCAGUAUGUGAAUGUCCAUCUUACUUUAGGUCAUAGUACACAGUUGCUUUUUUGAAACAAACUUUGAAUGUCUUGCCAGACUGUUAAGGAUUUCCUUCAUAAUCACAUCAAAACUUCGAAUGUCUUGCCAGACUGUUAAAGAUUUCCUUCAUAAUCACAUUUGAAUAACAAGAAAACAAUAGUUGUUGAGAAUUGUUCUUAAAGGAUGAUAAAAGUACAAAUAGUUGUAAUGAAGGAGUUUUUAAUACAAUAUUUACUGAUAUGGUAAAAACAAAUCUCUAUUUUGCUAAAUAGUCAAUUUCAGCAAUCAUUUGGUUGAACAAAUGCCUGAAAGUUAAACAAAAGAUGCAUCAUUUUCAAGUUUGUUAUCCCAUGUCAUGUCACAUUUAACUUUUUGAAGGUAUGACUUGUUUGAAUUUUGGGAAAGUGACUCAAAAACAUUAAUGUUACCAUCAAAAGAGAUAAUAUAUAUUCUGUCAAAUUAGAAAAAAUAAUUAUAUAGAUCGGGUACAUUUCACUCAUUUUCAUGGGAAACAUUGCUAUCUUGUUGGCAAAGGUCUGUAUGAUUUAUUCUCUGUUAUCUUACAGCGAUUAUAUUUGAUAUUGAUAUGUAGCUAUUGAAUGUUCAUAUGUAACGGAAGCUAAUGUUACAACAACGAAAACUGUCAUCCAUUAAUGAUUUACAGUCGGAAGUAAAACAAGUAUUUCCAGCUGUAAAUUUACCUCAUAAUUAUGGUGGGAUUUUUUCACAGAGGUUUGUAGUAUCACACUUCAUCUCAUCCUCAACAAUUAACAGUCUUACCUAUGUACACAGUAUGUGCUGACGAUGUAAAAUGUCUGUUGUUAUCUAAUGUUACCUUACCAUAUAUACAUCUAAUUAUUUAGAAUCUUGGAAUAUUACAUUUAUUAUGGUCAUAAAUGUGUACGAAAUCCAUACAACUUUCAUUGAUAAACUGUGUCUGAAAAGUCUAUUCUCAGAUCAUUGAUUAUGAAUUUUGUAGUUCAGAAUCAUGUAUAUCAUUGAUAUGCUGAAAUUUCAAUAUUAAAAUAAUGUCUCACUUUACCAUUCAUAAACCACAUUAUUCACUAUGUAUAGUUUGUAUUCACUGGUAUAAAAUCAGUGUAGGAAACAUUUCAAUGUUCUUCAGAAAAUUUAUUCAUAUUUAUUCUAUUAAGUAACGGUAAAUGAACAGAGAUAUAACCAUAUACCUUAUAAAGUACAUCACUUUUGUGAAAGAAAUUAGUCAUAUUUUUGGAACAUAUUUUAACCGGAUUUGCAAGUGGUAUGAAUGGAUUUUAAUUCAAACAUUGAUAAAACUGUGUUUUUGGUGCUUUAUAGGAAGAAUAAACAAAAGUAGGAUUAUGUUGUGUAGAAGUAAAUAAUCUAUCGACUUAUAAGUAAACUGUAACAACAAGCUGGUUAGUUACCUUGUACGACAAGAAAAUACAUGUAUAUAUCCAUGCACAUGCAUAUACACCAUAUUGCGAAUGCAUGCAAGUUAGUAUUAAGCAUUUAUGCAAAACCAUAAUGAAAUUGCACAUGAAAAAGUACCAGUAAGUUGUUAAAAGUCAUUGCAAGUGCAGAAGUCAGUUGAAUUGAUUUUCUAUAAAAUAUAUCUGAUUUUCAGAAGUUAACUAUUAUAAAAACAAACAGAAUAAAAUAUAUUGAGGAUUUCUUAUACUUUCCCAUUUAAAAUCUUAUAUAUGUUUCCGAAGUAUGUGAGAUUAUCUUGUUGUGAAAAAAUUAGGGAUAUUAUGUAGUAUGAGUGGAAUAUAUAUGAUAUUAAAUGGGAAACCAUUGAAUUUUCUUUCCAUAACAUUUUUAAAAGAAAAUUUAAUAAAAAAGCAACAAAAAGUUUGGGAAAUAUUAGUGCACUCUUUGAUGUAAAAUAUUUUGAUGUUACACUUGACAUCAAGGUGACAGCAUUUUGAAUAGGUUGCUUUACGUUGUGUUCUACUAUUUUAUCUGGUAAGAGUUGUUGUUUUUAUAUACCAAAAUAAGGAAAACGAAAAAUGAUCAGGGAAUUGUUUGAUGGAACAACAACUUAUUUAACCUCUAUUUUUGUCCGAACUAUCAAAUUAGUGAAAUUCAUUUCAGUGACUAGAACAAGCGCCACAAUGUUUGCUCAAAACUGCGAAAGUUUUAUCAUCACUAUAAAUGUUAUUUUAUCACUGCAGUAAUGAUGUAGACUUUUAUGGAAAAGAACUACAUUAUGUGUAUGUCAAAUGAAUUAACAUAAUCAUACUAACUCCAAACAAGUGCAAAAUACAUGUUGUAAAAUGCAACAGCUGACCCUGUGGGCGGUGCUACUCCUCUGUCAGUGUGAGUUGACCAGUAUGAUACUACUUUAGCCCAUAUUGGCUUCAGUGUAGAAUCCAAUGUAACAAUUGGUAUAAUUGAUAAAUUUAUGAAGGUGUUUUUCACUGUAAUGUACAGUAUAGAUUUGGUCUGUGAUGCCUACUCUUUGCUAUGUGUUUAUGGUAUCAGUGAUAUUUAUUGCAUCAAACAUCACUGUAUACUUUUAUUACGGUCGUUACAUGGACUCUCUACUGUGGUUAGUCAUUGUUUUAUUAAUUGACAAAUAAUUUCAAAAUAGA